AUUGCAAUUAACUCUGCUGCAACGAAUAUCUACUACUGAAAUCCCAGCCCUGAUUUUGUCCGUCGUGACAAAAGAAGAACAAACCAAACAUCGAUCAAUUGGUCCCCUGCUACCCCGCACCUUCAGUACCUAGGUACCUUGCCAGCGAGUCCAGGUAUCCACCCCCACCAAAAACCUCAGCAUCCAAGCAUCAAGCUGUCUGUCAGUCCAGCAAGCUUGGGCAACCACGAUCAGGUCGACUUAUUCUCCCGUCAUCCAAACUUUCCCAACUUGGGUUAGAAUAGCCGCGACAACAUAUCUCUGCAUCAACAGUCAUCAUGGCUUCAAAGACCGAAAAAGACCAAGAACAAAUCGCCAUAGCCAGAGGGCUGGAGAACAUCCCUUGGUGCGAUGACUACGAAAAGAUGAUCUCGGGUGUCUUGUACGACUCUUUCGUACCCGAGCUGGUCCAGGGUCGCUUUAGGGCCCGGCGUUUCAUGCACAGUUACAACCACUACUUCCCUGAAGAUGCAACGCCUGAAUCGCUGCAAAAGGGCCGUGAAGAGCUCCUCCGGGGAAUAAUGGGCAAGGUCGGCAAGGACGCCUUUAUUGAGCCCCCAGUCAACAUUGACUAUGGCUGUAACAUCAUUAUCGGCGACAACUUUUACUCAAACUUCAACCUCGUAAUUCUAGACUGUGGCAUCGUCAACAUCGGCAACCGAGUCAUGUUCGGCCCCUUUGUCUCCAUCUUCACCGCCACCCACGAGACGGAGGUACAGUCGCGCCGGGACGGUAUUGAAUAUGCCUUGCCUGUUACGAUUGGGGACGACUGCUGGAUCGGCGGGAACGUCACCAUCUUGCCCGGCGUCACAAUCGGUAAGGGUACAACCAUCGGUUCUGGUAGCGUCGUGACCAAGUCGAUCCCCGAGUUCUCUGUCGCGGUAGGAUCACCUGCAAAGGUUAUCAAGAAGGUCCAGCCUGUUCCUGACCUUCCAUAGGGGUUUUGUACAAGCUGAAUAUCUUGUGGGAAUAUGAUAUCAUCUACUCACUGUGAGCCUCCUUUGUAGUGAUUGAAGAUUUUUACAUCUACGUGCGGGCCAUAGUAUGUUUUCAUGAUCGUGGUCAUCGGAGCUGGAUCGAUGUCUAGUGACCGUUCGAACUCACUACUCGAGGUUUAGAAUUUACUUUCCGUUUUUGCCAAUAAAUUUUGACGAUGUAUUGACUUUAGGAUCAUGUAAUCGAAGGGGAUGAAAAUCCUUCCCGAGCCGCCUACUCUCAAUAUGCCAGUUAUCUUCUACUCUGCAGCUCAACCCAGGAGCUCGGAGGUCUUGGCUGCAAGCGGAAUAUACGGUGAAAAUAUCUGCCAUCUUGGCAGCUAAGGUCUGGAUAUUGGCUGUGCACAGCACUCUCACGGGCAUUGUGGUCGGAGCCCAGUCUGCUCGCAACAGAACUCCAACCGAGUGACAUUUACAAAGAUUGAAAGAUUUACGGCAUGACAGGCAGGAUAUUUCUGUGCGCAUCGCAAAUGACAG